CACUCCAGGCACCGUCUCAGCUCCGGGAGUUUGAAACAUCGUCCAAGUGUCGAAGCGAAAUAAAAGAGUCGAUUCUUUUCAACGGGGGAACUUUACUGCAAUUUAUCCGCGGGAUUUGUGAGAUGUUUUUGUCGCCGAAGUGUUGGAUUUUCCUCGUUUUCCUGGCAGGUGUCCUUCCUCCCUGUUGCUUGGGCGUUAAUGUGUUUGUGAGAGAUGAGAGGAGGUACUCUGUGCUGUUCCAGUCGGUGGUGCUGCCGUGUCAGUACACCAGCGUGUCCACCCAGACCCCCGUGGUGCAGUGGGUCUACAAGUCGUACUGCCGGGAUCGCACGCGGGAUUCCUUCAGUCACUAUGACAACCUGGGUGGAGGCCUGGGAGGAGGAGGCCUGACAGGUGCAACGGGAGGAGCCGGUGGAGGGUAUGAGACGGGAAUGAUGGGGAACUACUUGGACUGCUCCGACAACAGCCGGACAGUCCGAACUGUGGCCUCCAUCGCCGGUUCUUCAAUGACACUGUCAGAGUACUACAAGAACAGAGACAUCUCCAUCAUCAACAAGGCGGACCUGCGGAUAGGAGAGGUGCAGUGGGGAGACAGUGGAGUUUACAUCUGCAAAGUGGUGAUAUCGGAUGAUCUCGAGGGUCAGAAUGAAGCCUCUGUGGAGCUGCUGGUUCUUGGUGUCUCAGGUGUGCCUGAAGAUCUGCUUCCAGGCUUUGAUUUGAAGAUUAUGCCAGAGUGGGUGUUUGUGACAGCAGUGGUGCUGGGCAGUGUGUUAUUCCUGCUGUUGUUGGGGGUUUGUUGGUGUCAGUGCUGUCCUCACUCCUGCUGCUGCUACGUCAGUUGCUGGUGCUGCCCAGACACGUGCUGCUGCCCCAGACACUUGUAUGAGGCAGGUAAGGGUAUUAAGACAGGCACCACCACCCCCCAGACACCUGCCUACCCUCCAUACUUUGUCUCUGGUGUCCCAACUAUGGUGCCCAUCGCUCCCCCCUCCCUGGUGGACAAGAUGUCCUCUGUCCCCCCCUCAGAUGGCAGCAUACUAACAGCAGUCCCGAUGCAUGCUGUAGGUGUUCCCUACCGUGUGCCAUCAUCUCAGGAUCAGAACUCCCUCAGGGUGCUACAGUAUGUAGAGAAACAACUGGCUCACUUCAACCCUGCGAGGUCGUCCAACCACCAGUCUUGCAGUCUGUCAGAGCUGAGCUCCCUCCAUGACGGGGAACCUGGCUUUCGUCAAACAUACCGAAACAUCCAGCUGAAAGCUCUGCCCACCAUCCCCGACCAUAACCCUCAGCCUGAGCCGCAGCGCUACCGCGAGAACCGCAGCCCGGAGCCACAACAUUAUCAUAACAAGGUCCCGUCACCCCAGCAUCAUCGUGAUGAGCACAGCUCAGAGCCCCGGCGGUGCCAGGAAGAACCUCCCGACUCUCCUCUGCGACGGUACAGCAACGAUCCUCCGUCCUCUUCGCAGUCUCGCAGGCUUGGCCGUGAUCAACAGAAACAGAACCUCAUCAAGGAGGACAACCACAACAGGUGGAACCCUCGUUCGGAACAUCUGCAAAGAAAAACGUACCGUACUGCAGGACGCUCCGGCUCUCUGGAAGAGCUAGAGGAGUUUGCUAGCUGUUACAAGCAGAGAGGAGGCAGAGGGGCAGGGAAGGAGGAGGAAGACCAUGGAGACUAUGAGAGGGAGUUUCUUGAGUACAGUCGAUAUCCUUCCUACCGCAAUGGUCCAUCACAGCAUUACUACAAUGAUGAAAAUGGGCUUGAUGACAACGGGGACCAUGAAGAUCAUCCCAGACAGAGCAAGAAAAAUGAACGUAACAUAAGCCCACUUUCUUCACCGCAAAAGAGGAAGGGCAUAAGGGAUAGUGACCAUCCUGCUCCACCUCCUCUCAGAGUCCAUCCGCCAUCAACUUCCUCUCAAGAGAAAGACUAUGACGGCACGUUCCUGAACAGCCUGCUGGACCGUAAGUCUAAGUUGCGUGGAGUUGGCCAGGGGAAGGGUGGCUCCCGGGGUGAGGAAGAUUCAGACACACCCUCAAAGAGCAGCUCCAAAAAGAGCAGCGGGGAAUCUAGUCGGCACUGCAGCCGCUCACCCAGUAAUAGGCCUGAGGUGGAUUCACUGUCUCCAUACCCAGACACAGCGAGAAGCAGAACUGACCGGCCAACUCCGCGGCCGCUCCCCGCAAACCUGUGCCUCUCUCAGCCUCAUGCUUUCUCCCAAACCAAUGGCAGAGAGGAACCCAGAGACAAGUCCGUCAAAGUGAACACUCUUCUCAGCCGAGAUUCCCUCAUUGUCUGAUCAACUUAAAGCUGCACAGAGACUGAAAUCCCGGAGCAGACAGAGCGCUACUGCCGCGACGCACAACACAAUUGACCCUGGGCGUGGAACGCUGACUCAGUCCUGAUGAUGUGACGGAAUGGACAACAGAUAACACGACUCUGAGUCUCCGGGGCUUUCUGCCUGAUGAAGUCAUCGCUGCUCAGUUUCUGUCACUGGCUGCCUCACGCACGUCUCAGCUGGACUAACAGUGGGUGAACUCGUUGGUGGGUGUGUGACUCUGCUUGACUUUGUUUUGUCUCUCCGUAAGACGCUCUGAAGCGGAGGGACGGACUCUACGCCUGUAGCACAAUGAAUGCAUUCAGAAAGCAUAUAUCACUACACCGUUAUUGUAAAGGACAGACUAUAGUUGUCAUUCAGCCAAUUCACACACUGAAGAGAACUAAUUCAGACUUCAUUAAAAUCAUUAAAUAUUAAGUGAAGCGAUAACCAGUAUUACCAAAUGUUGAUAUGAUAUUGAUAUUGACUACACACCAUUUCCAACUGGAAACUGAAGUUCAUAAAGCGUUCCGCACAAAAUUCCACGGACAAAACUGUCAUUUUUCGCUUGUAAAUCCCCAGACGUUUUUAAUCUACUCUUCCCUCCAAACACAGAUUUACUCUGUGGACUUUGGUGCAGGAGAUUGACGGAUUUGCAGGCUUCAGUUUCCAGCCAGAUAAGAAACUCUCUUAACUAAGAUAUCUUCAACAUAAGCAGUCAUAGAUUUGAUUGAAGACGUGUUUUCACUGAGAUGAGUCCUCAGUUUUGCUCAUUUGUCAGCACUUCAUACAACCAUGCAACAAAGGAACCUGAAUUAUCCUUUUAAAAGGUACAGUAUGCACGUUUUGGAAACCUUUUCUAAUAUUCUAAAAUAUUAGAAAAGAGGAAAAACUCUCAUUCAUCAUAUACCUUAAGUAUAAACCCUUUAGUAUAGUUUAAAGCAACGUUAGAGCGUAAACAAAGUUCUAAAGAAGCCAAAAAAAAAGAUGUGUACCCAAACUGUAGCAGUCACAAAAUGAUAAACUGUAAUUGAAUCAGUUUGAAAAAUCAUGAUAUUAUGUGGGAUUAAUGCCAAAUACAGAGAGCUGCAUGGACAAAAUCAUCAACUAAUGGAUUCAUUCUGCUAAUAUCAUCUUUAUACUGUAUCUGUUACUUAAUCCUUCGCUCAUGAAGUCAUAUGUUAUUGGAACCGUUCAUUUUCUUGUAUUAAAUGUAUUAGUAUUUGCACAACAUGACUCUAAGGGAACUGAAACUAAACCGUGACGACAUUUUGUACAAUUUUUUUUUUUAUUCUAUAAGAUAUUAAACCAAUCUCUGUAUUUAUGUGUGAGGUGUGAUAUGAUCCUUGUAAUGUGGAAAUGAUUGUGUUUGUCUCAAACACUCCAGUGUGACUGUGUACAUAAGAUGAUGAAGUGUCUUUGAUUUGAUUUCUGUCUUUCAGCCUUUUCUUAUCGCUGCUGAGUCAACACUUAAGUGUAAUCAAGAGGCCACACACACACACACACACACACCUACUGUAUUCCAUGGUUUAUUUGCACAAAAUACUACCAGUACAGUGCCGGCAAAAGCCUUUAUGGGGACCUAAGCAGAAUUUAAUUUGAGGGGCCCUUUCACCACCUACCAGGAGCCUGUGUUUGACUAUUAUUGAUACAUAUGUAACACUAUAAAGUGCAUUAAUCAUAGUCGUGUUAAUUAUUCUUAACCAGUGGGCAGUAAAAUCACAAAAGUGGCCUAGAAUUAGAAUUCUUUAACACCUAAGCCUCAAGAUUUCAAUAUCUGGCAGUUAUUUACAAUUUGUUUAGUGUAUUAACCAUUUACAAUGAAGAAAAACAAAAGGUUUUAUGUUAAAUUUGGAAUUUGAACAGUAUAAAACAUAUUUAAAGUAACAUUUGUUUGAGUUUUUGUCAUGUAAUUACGGUUAAGGUUAACCGGUGUUAAAGGUUUCAAGGGAAGGCUUUGCAUUCACUGUCAAACUUGGAGCAGUUGCACUAAAUGUGCACUUUUUCAACAACAAAAUAAAAGCAAUUACCUUAAAAUAAACACAAUUUAGAAAUCUAGAUAUAUCUAAUAGAUAUUUAGAUUCCUUUAAUAUGUUAAAGUGAUUUCUCUACAGAUUAAUGGGUGAUCAGAAAUCACUUUAAAAUCAAAAUCCUUUGGUUUUCAUAGCCUUAAAAUAAGCCUCUUUUUUUAAAAAAAAAGGGGUCAUUCUUUAUCAAAGUCCACUGGAACUUUAAUUUGUCAUUAGUCCUCCCCCUACUGUUCUAAUUCUAAUAUAAUUGUUUAGAUUUGUGGUUCUGAUGAGUGUGUGUGUGAGGGUGAGAUAUGACUCUUUACUUGUGUAAAGGACACACUGUGUAAUGGAGGAUGACUCACGUCUUUGUUCAUUGUUGCAACCACAGAGUCUCUGUCUUCACCACACAGCUUUGUUUAAAACAUAUCAGUCCUGUCAGCGCAGCCACAGAAAUCUGCCAUGUUUCAACAUCCACAUAAAGACGUGUGUGUGUGUGUGUGUGUGUGUGUGUCACAGCGCUGGCGUCUCUUUAUUAUUAACGUGGGCAGAAUGCAGUGUGACGAAUAUAACACAAACAUGAAGACCGACAGCAUUUAAUGUCACGUCUUCUCUGCAAAUAAACUCACCAAAAUACAAA